UAUUGAGGAAAGAGAAGGGCUUUAAAUUCUCUGCUACUACUGGCAUCGUGUCACAGAUCUCACACAGGUGCAUUGGCUGACCUCAGCUCUUCUGAGACCACCACUAGCAAAAUGAAUAUAGAUACAGGCAAGAUGAAUGGAGGACAUACCUAUGAUUCCAACUAUAUUGAAGAGAGCACUAAAGACAACAGGAUCUCUUUGAUCUUUUCUCUCAAAGAAAAAGUUGGCGCUCUGGCCAAGGUCCUGCGCAUUUUUGAGGAGCGGGGAGUUAGUCUGACCCACAUAGAGUCCAGACCUUCUCGUCUCAACAAAGAUGAGUACCAGUUUUUCAUCAAUUUGGACAACAAAAGUACCACAGCACUGGAUGAGAUUGCCCGAUGUCUGAGGCAAGAUAUUGGGGCCACUGUGCAUGAACUGUCCCGAGAUAAGAAAAAGGAUGCUGGUACCACCUCUGCUUUUUUGCUUCAUGAUGUAUUUGGCGCCUCAGCACCCAUGUUACAUCAGAGCAAUGUGAUUUCAAUCCCAUGGUUUCCAAGGACCAUUCAGGAUCUGGACAAGUUUGCAAAUCAGAUUCUGAGCUAUGGAGAGGAGCUUGAUGCAGAUCAUCCCGGAUUCACUGAUGCCGUGUAUCGGGCUAGACGCAAAGAAUUUGCAGACAUUGCAUUCAAUUACAAGCAUGGUCAGCCUAUUCCUCGUGUUAUCUACACAGAACAGGAGAAGAACACAUGGGGGACAGUUUUCAAAGAGCUGAAAUCCCUAUAUCCCACCCAUGCUUGCUAUGAACAUAACCAUGUCUUUCCUUUGUUGGAAGAAUAUUGUGGAUAUAAUGAAAAUAACAUUCCUCAGCUUGAAGACGUGUCUAACUUCUUGCAAAAUUGUACUGGAUUUCGUUUACGUCCUGUUGCUGGUUUGCUGUCCUCUCGUGACUUUUUGGCAGGACUAGCAUUUAGAGUUUUUCACUCAACCCAGUAUAUCCGUCAUUGGUCAAAACCCAUGUAUACGCCUGAACCUGAUAUUUGUCAUGAACUUCUGGGGCAUGCUCCUUUAUUUGCUGACCCAAGCUUUGCCCAAUUUUCUCAAGAGAUUGGAUUGGCAUCACUCGGUGCUCCAGAUGAAUAUAUUGAGAUGCUGGCUACCGUUUACUGGUUCACUGCUGAAUUUGGCCUUUGCAAACAGGAAGAUAAAGUAAAGGCUUAUGGAGCUGGCCUGCUUUCAUCAUUUGGAGAAUUACAGUACUGUUUAACAGAGAAGCCAGAAGUAAAACCAUUUGAACCAGAGAAGACCUCUAAACAGAAAUACCCAAUAACAGAGUUCCAACCAGUAUAUUUUGUUGCUGAAAGUUUCGAAGAUGCCAAAGAGAAAGUGAGGAAAUUUGCUGCCACAAUACCUCGUCCUUUCUCGGUUCGCUACAAUUCAUAUACACAAAGUAUUGAGGUACUGGAUAAUGUACAACAGCUGAAGAAUCUGGCUGACUGCAUUAACAGUGAAAUUGGUAUCCUCUGCAGCGCUCUCAGGAAGCUGGAGUAAAAAAAUAAUAAAAGCACAGCAGUGAUCCAGUUGUGUAUGAAGAUUGUUAUCAAGUUUGAGGUGUUCAAAUAUGAUUAGUUCAUGGAGUUCAAUUUAGAAAGAAUUUAGAGUUAAAGCAGUAAGUCAGAAUGUUUACUGAUACUAUUUAGGAAUCAAAGAAGUAGAGUUUACCAAUGUCCUUCUGAAUAUUACGCUGCAUUGUAUAAUGUCAUAAACAAUAUAAUGCAAUGGGCCUUUUUAUUUGGGUUCAACACCAUCCAAUAUAUAUCCUGCAGAAUAUAUAUGUAUAUCAGAU